AUGACACCUCGGCAGUUUCUAAUACUAGCCUGCGUCGUUUCUACAGCGUACGGUUGGUACAGCCAUCCAAGUGCCCGAGAUGGCUACAGUUUGCCGGAUUUGAUCAGCACUGACGAAAAAUUCGAAGCCUUCCAGCAACGGGAAACCGAAGUGACUAAUGCGAUUGAAGCCCUCUAUCGUAUUCCCAAUUACAUCAGUCCUUUCCACUACGGAGUGUGGAUUCGCUCCGGGAUUCACGAAGGAAAUUUGACGUUCGAUGGCCGUGUGGAUUUAUACUUUAACGUACAGAACCCUGUGCGAACGAUCUAUGUGCACAACCGUGGUCUCAACUUGAUCAAUGUGGAGCUGUACAUGUUGUCACGCGAUGAAAUCGACUCGGAACGUGUACUCCUCGAAGCGCCACGAUAUACGGAGAAUAUUGACAGGGAGUUUUUAAUUUUCUCAUCGCAAAGAAUUCUCGUCCCAGAUGAAUCCUACAUUCUCCACAUAGCAUAUUCAGGCCAGCUCAGAACUGAUGACGAUGGAAUCUAUGUGUCUACAUAUGUGAACGAAAACAGAGUCCGCCGACAUCUCAUUGCCACUCAAUUCCAGGCAAUUAGCGCUCGCACAGCUUUCCCAUGCUUCGAUGAACCAGCACUGAAGGCAACUUUCGAUUUGGAAAUCGUUCACCAUAGGGACUACAACGCGGUCGCUAAUACUCCUGUACUCGAGGUUGAAGAUUACGAGGAAGACGGUUUUCAGGGGUACGUAUCGACACAGUUCGAGCGAACCCCUCGGAUGUCGGUAUAUUUGCUGGCUUUCCUCGUAUCUGACUUUCAGUAUAUCGCCCGUGAAAACCAGCGAGUGCUAGCCCGAUCAAAUGCGUUAAACCAAACAGACUACGCAUUAGAUUCAGGACUGAGAACGCUACAGGUAAUGGAUGACUAUCUUGGAAUUCCGUUUACCACUCACAUGAGCAAGUUGGAUCAAGUAGCCGUUCCGGAUUUCAGUGCUGGUGCAAUGGAGAAUUGGGGGCUCUGUAAGUACAGAGAAGCGUAUCUGUUGAACGACCCAGCUACAACUACGUAUCGCUAUCGAACCUGGAUUGAUACCAUCAUCGCUCACGAAUACAUUCACCAAUGGUUUGGAAAUAUCAUUACCAACGAGUGGUGGAGCUACCUCUGGUUGAACGAGGGGUUCGCAACUCUCUAUGAAUACUAUGCUGCACACUUGGCCUCUCCGGAAAAGGAGUACUUCGAGUUGUUCACACUGGAGGUUACCCAGUGGGCAUUGGAUGCCGACUCACGUGACGGAACUCGACCGAUGAGCUACAGCAAUGGAGCAACUUUCUAUGCAAUUUGGGAUUUAUUCGAUAGUAUUGCGUACUCAAAAGCUGGUGCCGUUCUGAACAUGUUCCGUGGUGUACUUGGGGAUGAAACAUGGCAGAAAAUGAAUAAUAUUUACCUGUCGGACAAUGAACUAGAUGCCGUGAAUCCAGACAAUUUGAUCGCCGCAAUAGAAGAAGCAGCUGAAGGAAUAGAUAUAUUACCUGAGGGUAUUUCGAUUCGCGAUUUCGUACAAAGUUGGACCGAACAAGCAGGCUACCCAGUUCUGGAUGUUCGAAGGAACUACCGCACUGAUGAAAUCAUCAUCUCUCAGGAUCGUUUCUUCAACAACAGAAUUCUUAAUAACGACCCAACACUUUGGGUUGUGCCAUACAAUGUGGUAAAUCAAUCCUCCCCGGAUUUCAACAACCUAACCUGGGACUGGUUAACUGAUCGAGCGAUACGCUUUUCAACUAAUAUAUCUGACAAUGAGUGGAUCAUUCUUAAUAAGCAGCAGACUGGAUUCUAUCGCGUAAACUACGACGUCCAGAACUGGUAUCUAAUCAUCGACGCCUUGAUUGCUGAUUGGACUAGCAUCCAUCGUUUCAACCGAGCUCAACUUUUGGAUGACGCCUUCCACUUGGCGCGGGCAAACCGUUUGGACAUCGAAGUUUUACUGGAUUUGUUAGUGUAUUUGCAAAAUGAAAAGGAGUAUCCGUCAUGGACGGCCGCUAGCCCGAUCAUUAGCUAUUUCUACAACCGAUUGCGAGGAACGGAUCACUAUGAACACUUCCAACAUUUCAUAGCAAGCUUGUUGGAGUACGUUUACAGUACUCUUUCGAUUGAUACAGUCAGCGACGACGAAACCAAUCUGCACAAAUUUCUCAAGCAAACCGUUUCUACUUGGGCCUGCAGAAUUGAAGUAGAUGACUGUCUGAACCGCACUCAGGUCCUACUGCAGGAAACCGUUGACCGCAACGGACUGGUCCACCCGGACAUCAGCGCUGUUACGUACUGUUUUGGGUUGCGUAGAGCUUCCCAACGCGAAUUUGUAUAUCUGUACGACGUAUUGAAGGCGUCCGAUAAUCAGGCCCUGCGAACGUUGCUUAUCGACUCCUUGGGCUGUUCGGCCGAUCCGAUCGAGCUGAGAUCGUAUCUUUACACGGCAGUGGGUGGAGAAAUUCAAGUCAACUACACACCAGCCGAACGUAGACGAGUCUUGAAUGCAGUAUUAGCCGGAAGUCGCGAGGGGGUGGAUGUGAUGAUUGACUUCCUUGUCGAUUUGUACGAUUACGUGGUGUUCCACCUUGGACAAAGCACGCUCAACAGUUUAGUAGUGAACAUUGCAUCAAGGACAAACAACGCAGAAGAACUUGAAAGACUGGAACACUUGUUGGAAUCGCUCGGCAGUUCAAUUACGCAAGCAGUUGCGAACUCAGCUCGUGCAACCGCCGCUCAAAAUUUGGCGUGGCCCUCGACCCGGGAAGGUUUGAUUGUCGCCAGUUUUCUGGAUAGUUUCAAUGACCAUUAGAAAAUACCUUUGAAUUGCGUCACGCUAUCUCCUUAAAUGGCGGCGUAAUUUGUGGAUGGUUACUUAAUCGUAAUUAAUAUAAUAAUCACGCAAUGCGCUUAUCAGUUAAAUAAACCGUAUCAAGAGAUUGAUACAAUAAAUAAAGGCUAAGGCGGCUCGUCAAAUGAUAUGGUUUAAGUGCACACUGACGCCAAUCAUAAAAUGUUCUACUACGAAAACUUCUAGAAAGAAAAAGUUGCAAUGAUAAGAAAAUUCCAAACGUAGUAAUAAAAAUUAAUUGAUCCAGUGAAAAUCAGUAGAUAAAAAGA